AUGGAAACCCCGAAAACACCCUCGGCUGCCGUUGGCCAUACAGAUGUUACAGUCGAGGCCGCAAAUCAUGAAGAUACCGAUACGGCUACAUCUGAUGUGGCUCAAGAGCCUUUUCAGGCGUCAGGCGGGAGCAGCUUUACCGUCAACAACUCGAGAAUAUACAACUCGGAUCACGUUAGCUUGAUCCGGCGCCGUGCCAAAUGGAUGCCUUUGAAAGCGGGCAGAUUGCGAAACAGUCUACUAAGCACCAUGGGACUUCUUGAACUCGCCAACGCUGGAGACUUUGCCGCAAAUGUGUGGAACCAAAUUCCUGUCCCAAUCUAUGCCAUAGUUUUUAUGGCUCUUGGAGGAACAUUGGCCUUGGUUAUUUCGAUUCUGGCUCUUAAGGAUACGCUACUUAGCUGGGAUAAUGUUUGCUAUCUGCGCCAAGAGCGGAGAGUGCUCAAGGAGGAGAAAUCGGAACGCAUUAGGAGAGGCCAAUCAGUCAUCUUCAUCGAUACACUAUUAGACCUCAACUUUCGGGAACUCGGUAGCGAGAUAAUGAAUCGGUUUGGACUCGACAUCUGCAGCGGCUUCGGUGCUUUUCUUAUUAGUAUCGGAACAUAUAUGGCGAUUGGCGGGGCCAAUCACCGUAUAUGGUUUGCCAGCAAUCUGCUGUCUGGUUAUAUUGGCAAUGGGCCCAUAGCACUUUACGGCUGUGUCAACGUUGUGUGGUCCACAUACGUUUUUCUCCGAGCCUACGAGCAUCGAAAUCUUGCGGUUUCCCAUCUUCGCUUUCAAGAUGGUCAAGCCAAGAACCUCGUUGGAAGACGAACCCGCAAUGUGCAUAUCUACACCGUGGCCAGCGGUGUGAGCAGCUUAGUGGGCGGCGCAGCGUCUAUGGUCACGGCUACGAGAUGGCAAGGCUACGUUGCUCUAAUUCCAGUCAUAUUGUCCUCGAUGUUCUACAAUUCUUGGCUUCGUCGUACGGUAUCUUAUGACAGGCCUCCUGUCGGCGAACCGUCUAAUUUGACCGAAGACACAGUCAUUCGCGAGCUGGAACUAUCUAACGUUAAGUCCAGACUUAUCAAAGAUCAAUCGUUACCACUUCAUAAGAUGGUACCUGAAGGGACAUCGCUGGAAGCUGUUCUCCACUUUAUUACUGUCAAUGAUCUCCUAGAGAAUCUUUGUGUUCGUCUUAUGCAAGAUGGGGCAAUUUCUGAUGUUCUUGCGGAUCACGAAGCGAAGGACAUCACCAUAGAGGCAAGGUACCUACUUCAACUACCUAAAGAGUUUCACGCGAAGAUAAUAGAGGUCAUGACCGAAACGAUAAGAAAGGACGGGCCACAGCAUUUUGAAUACCGGCAGCGUUACCUUGCUGAAGUCCUAGGCAGUAUCCUACACUCAUCUUAUUAA